AUGGGUUGGCUACAUUUUUUCCUUCGGACUGGGCCGGUUGGUGAGAUUAGGACUGAAGCCCAGGGGAGGUACGCUCUUCAUUCUUCCAUGGAAGGCUCAAAGCUCCCUGAUGUCCUUAACCUAGAGUCUAGCAUCACUCCAUCCACCCUUAAAAACUUCUUUUCUAGGGAAUACCUGGAUACUCCCCUUUUUCCCAUUCGGGCUUCUUACCAGAAUGAGAGGAUUGUUCUUCCCGAUCCUCCUCCCUCUAGUUUAAUCGACCCGCAGAAGGACCUCAGCUUGGUCUUCUUUGCCAAACAAAGGGAAUACGCUUCUCAAUCAAAAAUGGAGAAGAUUAAAGCUCCUAAGAACUUUACUCUAUCACGGGAGAGCAUGAACGCUGCUCUAGAUGCCCUCCGAGCUGGGCGAUCGGUGGGAGAGACUACCCAGAGGGUGGCUGAAGUCAUUUCCUCCAGGUCGGCUGGCCGGCCUGGUGCUCCAGCUCAAGUUCCUUCUCGAGCUUCUAGGCCAAGCUCCCGAGAGAAGGCUCCAAAGGUUACUGCCAAGACGGCUAAAGGCACCGAACUGGUGAGGGCAGAUUUUGCUUUGCCUUUUGGGGAUGUUUCCGAGGAGAGGCUCGAGACCUCUACAACCGAUGAGAGGGUUCCUGAAGGGGGGAUGGAGAUUAUCCUCGCUGGUGAAAGUGUCCAGGAGGCUUCUGUUGAGGUCGCCCCCGUUACCGAGGAGGGGGAGUCCGGGCCAGUUAAUGAUGCCGUCUCUGAGGGCGUUGUGAAGGGGGCCGGGAGCAAGCGUUCUCCUCCUUCUAAAGUUUCUGCCCCGACUCCUGCUUCUAAGAAGUACCGGACCUCCAAGAGACUAGCUCCAGCUCUGCCUCCUCUUGAGAAGGAGAAAACUUCUGUGGUGCCUCUACUAUCUGCCCCCGACAACGAUAUUUUGAACGCGGAGGAUAUCACUCACCAAUCUCCAGCGAGCGUUGUUGUAGAGAUCUUGCGGGAGCGGAUGUUUGGCGGGACCACAGAAGCUUCGGAUCCUCGUCUGCUUGCUCUCACUGGCCUUUUGGCGAGUUCUACACGAGAGCAAGUAGCAUUCCGGUCUCAGACUCGGGAGGAGCUCGGAGACACAAUUAGGGAGAUGCUUCUGAUGCUGAUGGGCCUCUUUAUGAAGGUGGACGCCCGCGACGAGUCCACUCGGAGCACAGUGGACCGUCGAAUCGAGGAGGUGCGCCUUGAAGAGAAUCUGACUUCGACCAGCGAUGCCCGGGGUUACCUUGCUGCAGCUCAGGAGCAUUUGAAGACCCUUCGGGAGGAGCUGGCCCAUACCAAGGAGGCUCUGGAGGGGGCUGAUAAAAGGGCAGCUGCUGCGGAGGUCCGUCGUGAUGAGGCCUUAGAGCAGUUGUCCUCCUUAGAAGAAGCUCGAAAGGAGAGGGAUGAGGCCAGAGAAGAAGCCCUAGCUCGGGUUGUGGUCCUUGAGCAAGAACUGACCAAGCGUGCUGAUAAUGAAAAAGACCUGGCUCUGGCAGCAGAGGCAUCUAGACUUCAAAACCAGCAUCUCUGCCUGGAAUUCGAGACUCUUAAAAAAAGGUGUUCAGCCUUGCUCGAGGAUGCCAAGCACGCUGAGGACAGAGUCCAGUUGGAGUGUGAGGAACGGCUGAGGGAGUACAAGGAGUCGACAGAGCUAAAAAAGGAGAUUGAACAGGCCUGUGAAGCUCGUCUCCAAAGCUAUAAGGACUCUUCUGAGUUGAAGGUUAAGAUAGCUGAGGCCUGCGAGGAGCGACUUGCGGAAUUUAAAGCCUCUAACGAGAUGAAUAAUGCAAUAUGGCACAAAGGCUUCCGCAUGUUCGUCUCCGAUUUCAAUCGAGGCUUGAGGGAAGCCAGGUAUGCCCCUUCCACCCCGCUAGCUGAACUUCGAGCUGCUGAGGAAGACUCCGAUGGCGAGGAGAUGCUUUACGGGGAGGACGACAAACCCUUGCCCAAAGGAGUUCCUCACACUGCAACUGGGUCUCAUAAAGAAGAUGCCGAGCUGGGGGAGAAAGAUGAGCCUGAGGAGAGCGAUGCUGGACCCCAAGGAGGAGAAAUUGUGCCUUUUGUAGGCAGUAGUGUACAUAAUGAUGUAAAUAAUGAUGCUCCCAAGAAUGUAAGUCCUUUAAGAACAAUUUUUCCUCUAGUAGUCUCAGAGGAUUGA